AGCCGCCGUCGCUGCGCUGUCGCUGUCGCUCCCGACACGGUCGUCUCCGCCGAGCCGCGGGCGCCGCGGGAGGGAGCGGCCGUGCGUCCGCCGCCUGCCGGUGGAGUCGGAGGCCGGUCCUCUUGGAGUUGGGCUGCCGGAGCCGGGGCCGGGCACGGCGCUGACGGCCCCGCGGAGCUGAGACCUCCGGAGAGGACAGGCGGCGACGCGGAGGCUCGGGUCCGGCCGCCCCGGAGCCCGGAGGAGGCCGGCGGGACGAUGUCCGGGGGGUCGGGUCAGCUCUCCACCACCGAGCGCGUCGUCAAAGGUGUCCCCUUUCCUCCAACUCAGAGGCUUACUAUGAAGGAAGUAUUUGAGAAUGGGAAACCUAAAAUGGAUGUUUUAAAAAACCAUUUGAUAAAGGAAGGCCGAGUGGAAGAGGAAGUAGCCUUGAAGAUAAUCAACGAUGGGACUGCCAUCUUGAAACAAGAGGAUACAAUGAUUGAUGUGGAAUCUCCAAUCACAGUGUGUGGUGACGUUCAUGGACAAUUCUUUGAUCUGAUGAAGUUGUUUGAAGUUGGAGGAUCACCUUCUAAUACACGCUACCUCUUUUUGGGUGACUAUGUGGAUAGAGGCUAUUUCAGUAUAGAGUGUGUGCUGUAUUUAUGGGGUUUAAAGAUUAAUUAUCCUCACACAUUCUACCUGCUUCGAGGAAAUCAUGAAUGCAGGCAUCUUACAGAAUAUUUCACCUUCAAACAGGAAUGUCGGAUCAAAUAUUCAGAACACGUGUAUGAUGCAUGUAUGAAUACAUUUGACUCUCUUCCUCUUGCUGCCCUCUUAAACCAACAGUUUCUCUGUAUACAUGGAGGAAUGUCACCUGAAAUUACUUCUUUAGAUGACAUUAGGAAAUUGGACAGGUUUGUUGAACCUCCUGCCUUUGGGGCAGUAUGUGACUUGCUUUGGUCUGAUCCCUCAGAGGAUUAUGGCAGUGAGAAGACUGUGGAGCAUUAUACGCACAACACUGUCCGAGGAUGCUCUUACUUUUUCAGUUACUCUGCAGCUUGUGAAUUUUUGCAGAACAACAGUUUAUUAUCAAUAAUUAGAGCUCAUGAAGCCCAAGAUGCUGGGUAUCGAAUGUACAGGAAGAAUCAGGCAACGGGCUUUCCAUCACUUAUUACAAUUUUCUCUGCCCCCAAUUACCUAGAUGUCUAUAACAAUAAAGCUGCAGUGUUGAAAUACGAAAACAAUGUCAUGAAUAUCAGGCAGUUUAACUCUUCUCCACACCCCUACUGGCUUCCAAACUUUAUGGACGUUUUCACUUGGUCUUUGCCUUUUGUUGGAGAAAAAGUGACAGAGAUGUUAGUUAACAUUCUUACCAUAUGCUCUACUGAUGAACUGAUUUCUGAGGAGGAAACAGAAGGAGGCACUGCAGCCCGAAAAGAGAUCAUCAAGAAUAAGAUCAGAGCCAUUGGGAAGAUGGUACGGGUCUUUUCAAUUCUUCGGGAAGAGAGUGAGAGUGUGCUGACUCUCAAGGGCCUGACCUCCUCAGGCACACUCCCCCUAGGUGUCCUCUCAGGAGGACGGCAGACCAUUGAGAAAGUUUUUUCACUAAAGGAAGGAAGGGAAGGCUCUCGUAGCAACUGGCCUGUUUUCUUGCACAAUAAACAGAAGCCAUAUAGGUUGUCAUGUCAGCCUCUGCCAUAUCUCCAAUCCAGAAAGCUACAGUCCAGGCGAUACGGUCCCAGGAAGGAUUUUCAGUUGGGCACAAAAUCCAGAGUUUUGAAGAAGCUCGAGGUCUGGACCGAAUUAAUGAGCGAAUGCCACCUCGACUUGGUAGUAGGUCCCCCGAUUUGUCAAUGAAACCCCUAAUCUCGGCUGUGCAAAGGAGCAUCCAGAGGAAGAAAGCUCAGCAAUGACGCAAUCCUGCUGAGGUGGACCGCAACCCGACGAGCAAUGCUACUUCUAAGUGGGAAAUGAAACAAAAAUAACUCAAAAUAACUUAAACCUGGAGGUCCAUUCAGAAUUCAGUCUGCCUUUAUUCUGUAAGAAGGUGAACAUUUUAUAAAUUCUUUUAGAUGUGUUCAGUAUAUAUCAAAAAUGUAUCAAAAGUGCAUUUGUUUUGUUCUUUUCACCUAAUUUUUGAAAAUUAAUCUGAUUGUUAUAGAUAUACAUGUGAAGUCUUGUUAAUACAUAAAAGAAACCUUCCCAUAAUAAAAGGGCCUUGGAAACCUCAACCUGGGUUUCUGACUUGAA